AUGGUUCAUGUACUGGUAGAUCCCAACAUUAGAAAUAAAGAGGGAAAGCUUGCCAUAGAGUACUUACCAAAGGGGAUUGCAUUGUAUGGUGAGCUAGACAAGAGAAUGAGACAGAGCACAUCAAAUGGAACUGAGCAGCCAGUAGACCUGUUCCUAAGGGGAAAAGAGUGCCUUGCCCAGUUGAAGUUUGAAGAAGCACUUGGAUCACUCUGUAAAUUCUUAGAGGCAAACAGCAGUGCCUCAAAACUGAAUGCUAAGGCAUCACAGGCAUUAGAUAUUGUUGUGGACAAAAUUGUUCCUACUUUUAAAGAGAUCCCAUCCAGAAUCUCCUGCAAGUUACCAGACAAGAUAUGGACACAGGCCAUAAAAAAGCUGUCCAAGAGAGAAAAAUGGCAAACAGUUCAGAAGUUGCUGCUUGGAGGAGGCAAUGGUCAUGAGAAAGGUCAAGGUGGUCUUGCAGACAACUGCAGCACUGCAGAAAUCUCCAUUGUGCAUUUCCUCAGAGUCCAUGAUGAAAGAGAUGUCAGUGUGCACAAAUAUGAUCUGGUAACUGCUCUCCUCAAGGUAGAGAUCCCCUCCAGAAUCUCCUGCAAGUUACCUGAGAAGAUAUGGACGCAGGCCAUAAAAAAGCUGUCCAAGAGUGAAAAAUGGCAAACAGUUCAGAAGUUGCUGCUUGGAGGGGGCAAUGGACAUGAGAAAGGCCAAGGUGGUCUUGCAGACAACUGCAGCACUGCAGGAAUCUCCAUUGUGCAUUUCCUCAGGGGCCAUGACGAAAGAGAUGUUAGUGUGCACAAAUAUGAUUUGGUAACUGCUCUCAUCAAGCAUGGGUGUUCACCAGAUGGUGUCAGUAGUGACAAAAUAAAACCAUUAAGCCAUAGCCUUCAGAAUGAGGACGUGAAAAUGGUGAUGUUGCUGCUCAGGGAAGGAGCAGACCCCACCCCCCUAACUCUCUCCAGCAAUGACACACCCCUGCAUGUAGCUCUCUCCAUUGGAAUGAAAGCUAAAGGUGAAUUCUCCUUGCUGGAACAGUUGUUUAAACUUUACUCUACACGCCCAGAAAAGUAUCCAAUGCUGGAGCCUUCCUCUGUAGAUGGUGCUGGAAACACCUUGUUCCAUGUGAUAGCAAAGGGCACCUGCUCUCCCCAUGCAGUGGAUGCUGCCAGUAUUCUGCUUCAAAACAAGGUCAACCCACUGGUGAGAAACAGGGAUGGUUCAACAGCAAUGCACAUAUUGAAGAAGGGAAAUGACCGAAGGAUGCAGUAUAUGAAACAGGCAAAACAACUCUACCCAGAUUUUUCUCCUCCCACACCAAGCAAAAAGAAAGGCAAGCAGAAGGAAAAUGAGAAAUCAGCUGUUCUCUCUGCUGAUGAUGAAGUUACUGCUAAUGAAGCACUGGAUACAGCUCAGAAAGAUAUAACAUGCGGACAGGAUACAGCUCAGACAGACAUAACACCUCAUUUGUUGAAGAAAGAGGGCACAACUAGCAUUGUUCCAAAGAUGAAUAAAGAAGACACAAGGAAGAGAAUAUCUUCUCUCAUUUCAGACUUGCCACAAAUGGAACCCAGAAGAUGGAAAGAUGAUUCCGCAAGUAUGCUUUUGUCCAGUAUAGCCUCUGUUAAAGAUGGACAAGCAAAAGUUGAACAAGAUGUCUACAAUGAAAACUCUGGUGUAGGAAAAACAGCAAUAAUUGAAGAAGAUGAAAUCCAAAAUGACCUUGAGACUGAUCUCCAGGAAAAUAGAAGAAAAUUAGAAGAAGAACCUCAAGAUGUUGACCCAAGCCUAUUUGAUGACUUGGUAUGGGAGGUAGAAUGCACAGCCAAUCUGUGGAAACUACUGCGGGAGAAGAAGUUGAAAAUCGAAAUGNGGGAUUUUAUGCAGCAUGGGUGUUCACCAGAUGGUGUUGGUAGUGAUAAAAUAAAACCAUUAAGCCAUAGUCUUCAGAGUGAGGACAUGAAAAUGGUGAUGCUGCUGCUCAGGGAAGGAGCAGACCCCACCCCCCUCUCUCUCUCCAGCAAUGACACACCCCUGCAUGUAGCUCUCUCCAUUGGAAUGAAAGCUAAAGGUGAUUUCUCCUUGCUGGAACAGUUGUUUAAACUUUACUCAACAUGUCCAGAGAAGUAUCCAAUGCUAGAGCCUUCCUCUGUAGAUGGCACUGGAAACACCUUGUUCCAUGUGAUAGCAAAGGGCACCUGCUCUCCCCAUGCUGUGAAUGCUGCAAGGAUUCUGCUUCAAAACAAGGUCAACCCACUGGUGAGAAACAAGGAUGGUUCAACAGCAAUGCAGAUGUUGAAGAAGGGAAAUGACCGAAGGAUGCAGUAUAUGAAACAGGCAAAACAAUUCUAUCCAGAUUUUUCUCCUCCCACACCAAGAAAAAAGAAAGGCAAGCAGAAGGAAAAUGAGAAAUCAGCUGUUCUCCCUGCUGAUGAUGAAGUUACUGCUAAUGAAGCACUGGAUACAGCUCAAAAAGAUAUAACAUGCGGACAGGAUACAGCUCAGACAGACAUAACACCUCAUUUGUUGAAGAAAGAGGGCACAACUAGCAUUGUUCCAAAGAUGAAUAAAGAAGACACAAGGAAGAGAAUAUCUUCUCUCAUUUCAGACUUGCCACAAAUGGAACCCAAAAGAUGUAAAGAUGAUUCUGCAAGUAUGCUUUUGUCCAGUAUAGCCUCUGUUAAAGAUGGACAAGCAAAAGUUGAACAAGAUGUCUACAAUGAAAACUCUGGUGUAGGAAAAACAGCAAUAAUUGAAGAAGAUCAAAUCCAAAAUGACCUUGAGACUGAUCUCCAGGAAAAUAGAAGAAAAUUAGAAGAAGAACCUCAAGAUGUUGACCCAAGCCUAUUUGAUGACUUGGUAUGGGAGGUAGAAUGCACAGCCAAUCUGUGGAAACUACUGCGGGAGAAGAAGUUGAAAAUCGAAACGAAAAGAAGAAUCAUAGAGAAAAUCCAACUCCUUGGCAAUGGCCACUGGAGACAAGAUCUCUGCAAGAGACUGGAGGGGGCUGCCAAAAAUGCUGGAAUGAAGUUGUAUGAGGCCAAGCUGACCAAGGGGGCUCGUAUUCUCUGGGAACUGGCCAUUGCUUUCUCUCCACGUUGCAGUGAGAGUGCUGAGCAGAGACUUGGCAUGGAACCUGUCAAAGAAGGGGUGGUUGGAGGGAGAAUCUACUCUGAAGUCAUCCGAGUGUGGGAUGUUGUCUUUGAUCAUGAUAAUGUCUCCAGGACAAUUGACAGCAUUGUGACAUCUUUCAACAGAGGACAGAAAUGUAUUAUUCAGAAGAAACUCAAAGGCAUGGAACGCAAGGAUUUCCCUUCAAACAAGUUCACUGAGCAGAGAAUACCUAUAUAUUUCAACGAGGUGGACACAGAGGAGAAGGAGACGCCACACCUUCAGCCAAAAAUGCACAAACUAGAAUCUUUGACCAAAUUCUUUCCACCAGCAAGUGCCAAUGAGACAGAGUACCACAUCAUGAAAUUCUAUUCAUUCACGUCGGCUCUGGUCAACAAUGUUCUUCUCAACCAAGACACCAAAGUAGACUUUCCUUUCAGGGUAACAGAAUUAGAGCAUGCCAUUAUCAACUUGAACCCAAAACCACCACAAUCGAUCCUUCUGCUAGGCAGGAGUGGGACAGGGAAAACUACCUGCUGCUUGUAUCGCCUAUGGACCUUCUUCUCACGUUACUGGGAGCAAGCUGCCAGGGCUGGAGAGCCCUUGAUUCCCCAAACGUCUGAUGUUGGUGAUGAUGAUGGCGAUGAUGAUGAUGAUGAUGAUGAUGAUGAUGAUGAUGUAUCAGCUGAUGAAUCAGAAAAGUUGGAUGUAGCCAGCAAAGGUGCCACAUGUAACACAGAAGACUGCCAACAAGAACCUGGCAACACUCAGGAAGCCCCAAUCAUGGAACAUCUGCAUCAAGUGUUUGUUACUAAAAAUGCCGUGCUUUGCAGUGAAGUGAAGAGAAAUUUCAGGGAGUUGAGUCAUGCAUGGGAACCUGCCAAUGCUCAUGUUGAAGUGGAAGACCUUCCUUUGCCAAAUUGUCUACAGGAAGCCCACCCUGCUCAGUUCCCACUGUUUAUCACAGCCAAACAGUGGCUGAUGCUUCUUGAUGGAUCCUUGCUGAAUUCAUUUUUUCCACGCAACCAAGAUGGCAGCCUGAAGCGGCAUAUUCAGGGCUGGGGAGAAAAAGAAGCAAGUGUGACCUAUAUCCCUGAUCUGGAUGAUUCUGAUGGUGAGUUGGAGGAUGAUGAAGAUGACACAGUUUUACCAGGUGACCCUGAAAAUGAGGAUGUCGCCAACCAACCACAGCCGAAGGAAACCGAUCCAAGGCGAGAAGUAACAUAUGAGGUAUUUGCCAAUGAGCUUUGGACCAAAGUGAAUAAGGGAAAGAUUGACUACCACCCUACUUUGGUCUGGAUGGAAAUUAUGUCUUUCAUUAAGGGUUCUGUAGAGGCCCUGCACACUGAGAAGGGUGAGCUUUCCAGAGAUGGAUACCUAGAGCUUGGACAGAAGAGGGCACCCAACUUCUCUGGAGAUCGGAACAAGGUGUAUGACAUGUUUGAGAGAUACCGUCAGAUCAAGUUGACCAAGGGGCUGUUUGAUGAAUGUGAUGUGAUCAGCCAUAUUUACCACAGAUUGAAAGAUAUUAAAGUCUUGCAGUGGAGCCUUCAUCAAAUCUAUGUGGAUGAAACCCAAGACUUUACCCAGGGUGAACUUUCCCUCUUCAUACGGUGUUGUCAAGACCCCAAUUCUUUAUUUCUCACAGGAGACACAGCCCAGAGCAUCAUGAGAGGAGUUGCCUUCCGUUUUGAUGACCUCAAGACUUUAUUCCACUAUGCAAGCAAGUCUUUUAAAGCUGUGGGAAAGACAUCAGCAGUGGCUGUCCCCAAGAAGGUGUACCAGCUCACCCACAACUACCGAUCUCAUGCAGGUAUCCUGGACCUGGCAUCCAGUGUGAUUGAUCUCUUGGUGAAGUUCUUCCCAGAGUCUUUUGACAGACUGGAGAGAGAUCAGGGCUUAUUCCGUGGACCCAAACCAGUUCUUCUGCAGUCCUGCAGUUUCAGUGACCUUGCAUUACUGCUGAGAGGAAACAAAAGGAAGACGUCUGAGAUUGAGUUUGGCGCCCACCAGGUUAUCUUGGUUGCCAAUGAGGAGGCAAAGAGCAACUUGCCAGAGGAACUUAGUUUGGCCCUGGUGUUGACCAUCUAUGAAUCCAAAGGCCUGGAGUUUGAUGAUGUCCUGCUGUACAAUUUCUUCAAGGAUUCUCCAGCUUACAAAGAGUGGAGAGUUGUGACAGGUCACCUUGAAAAGCUGCUGGAGCAGUACAAGUACAACCAAGAGAAAGGACAAGAUAAUCUUGUUGAACUGGAUAUUGAUGAAGAGUAUGACAAUGUCCGUCCCAGACCAUUAGACUUUAGCCCGGAGAAACACAAAGUAUUGAACUCUGAGCUCAAGUAUUUGUACACAGCUUUGACCCGGGCCAGGGUCAAUGUCUGGAUAUUUGAUCAGGACGAGGAAAAGAGGGCACCUAUGUUUGAAUAUUUUGUUCGUAGAAAGUUGAUGGAUGUUGUGGAGACAAGAUCUGACAGCAGUGAUGACGGUCUGUCAUCUGCAAUGUUUGCAUGUACUUCUACAGCAGAGGAGUGGGUGAAGAGAGGUGAUUAUUUCUAUAAUCACAAGUUGUACCAAGUAGCUGCUAAGUGUUACAGAAGAGGUGAUGAAGAAGUCCUGGAAAGAAUGUCCUUGGCUCAAGCAAGAGCUCUGAGUGCAGAGAGACUGAGAGAAAACCCACACAAAUUGAAACAGGAGUUUCUCCUGGCCUCUGAGGAGUUCUUGCAGUGUAGUAUGCCAUCUGAGGCAGCCAAGUGUCUGUACAAUGCAAAGGAGUUCCUGUUGGCAGCCAGACUGUUUGAGAAGAUGGCAAAGUUCAGGGAUGCAGCUGUCCUUUACAAAAAAGUCAAGUAUUACCAGGAUGCUGCCAAUUGCUAUGAGCAAUCCUCUGACUUCAGGAAAGCCAUUGAGAUACAUGUGUCAGUGGAUCAGUUCCAGAAAGCAGCAGAUGUCCGUGAAAGAUACGACAUUAAAGAACAGGAAUAUAUGUCUCACGGAAAGAUUCUGCCACAGGCUUUAAUUAAAGGAGCCCCAAGUCCUCUCCAUAGCAUGGACUAUCUUUGCUUUGAAGCUGCAAAAUUGCAUUUUCAUCGCAGAGAGUAUGACGCCAUGAAUGCAGCCCUAUCACGCCUUCCCUUUGAACGACAACUUCAGUUUCUCAAAGAAAGAAACAACAUAGCUGGUGUUGCUGCUUUGUAUAAAAGGAAUGGUCAGUCCAUGGAAGCUGCAAAAUUUUUGAAGUCAAAGGGCAAAGUUGAGGAGGCACUGGAGUAUGCCGAGCGCUUGGAUGAUCCACAUUUCAGGGCAGAGUGUCUCAUGAUAAGCAGCAGGAUGAAACUGCAGUAUAUGUCCAGUCCUACAAUAAAGGAGAACAUCCUGAAGAAUUUAGAAGAAGCUGAAAAGCUUUUUUCUGCUUGUGAAGAUAGCAAUGGGCAGGCAGAAGCUCAGCUGUAUCUUGCCAAGUUGAGAAAAGAUAUUAAGCUCCUAAAAAUCUCUUCUGAUCUUUUCAUGAAAAAUCACAACAUUGGUGGACAAGUGGAGGUGGUUGAGGUGUUAAUGGAGAUAGUUCCAGAGCUGUUACCCGUACAUGUUUUGCCAGUUCGGGAUGCUGUAGAAAGUGUUGCCAAGUUCCUCCUCAUUGUGCAGAAAAGUCCAGUAAAGCAAACCCAAACAGAAAGGGCCAUGCUUGACAUCUGUGAGCUGUACUAUGGCAUAGAGAGGGGGGAUAGGGAACAAGUUAGGAAAGUGAAGACCAGUGAAGCUGCCAGGAUUGACAUCCUGCUUACUGAAGAUUUGGAUAAAGAUCAAGUGCCAAAGAAUUUGAUCCAUGAGAAAAUGUGCCAAGAUCUUCUUAGGAAAGUUGGCAAUGGUGUAAACAAGUGUCGUGCAAUGAUGUGGAGCCACAUGAAAAAGCAAGAGAUCUGCCCUGACUUCAUUGCUGGGCAGCCCUGUCAAGAACUUGGAUCAUGUUCUAAACUGAGGCAAGAACCUAAAAGGAAUCAUCUGCUGCACCACUUGGAUAGCAUCCUCAGACUCAUUUAUUUAGAUUCUACUGUAGAAUGGGCAUGUGAGCAGCCUCACAAGGACACCAUCAAAAGGCAGCUUGAAGACCUGAGGCCCAGAAAAGAGCUUGGUGGAAGGUUUGGCUCUUGCCUGUCUUUGUACAAAUUGCUCUUUCCUGCUCAGGGUCACCACAAGAAUCUAUGCUCUCUUCCUCUUGAAGCCAGGGAAGUGAUGAAUAAGAUUAAAAGCUUGGCUGUAGAAGAUCAGUUAAAGAGAUGGGCAAAGUAUCAGUGGACAAAGUGUCCUCAAGAUCAGUUGUCCAGCACAGAUUUGUUCCUGUUGAUCUUCAAUGUACAGCGCCUGCUUAGGGUCAAAAUUGAAGACUUGAAAGGAAUGCUUACAAAAACUGCUGAUGGCUACUCAGCAGAAGCUAGUAAGAAAGUUGCCCCACAUAAAGUGCCAAAGCACAUUGGUAUGGUCUAUGUAGGAGUAAGGAGGAAUAGACACAUGUUCAUCAGUUUGAUGAGCAGGUUUAUCGAUUUCUCCAAAGAGCUCCAUAGCAAACUGGACCCUAUAACUGCCAUGAGAGCACUGGUGCUGAACUUCAUCAGGAAACUUGCAGAUCGUGCUUCAGAGCCACUGAUGCCUUCUAUUGCCAAUACGGUAGGUUUGGAUGAUGGAGCUGGCCACUACCUUAUUCCUUAG